UGAUGAAUGACUGGAGUCGCGCGCUCAGCUGCUCACUGUGAUUUCACCUGCACGCUGUUCUGUGAUAAGAGUUUCAUUUCUGAAAGCUGUUAAAUCCAGUCAAACAGAGAGAGACGUUUCUUUUCUUUUGGUACCAUGAGGAAAACGGUCAGUUCUUCUGAUCGCUGUGCUGAAAUGAAGUCUACAGACGUGGACGCCUCUCUGUUCACAGCCAGUUACUGCAGAGUCUGCAGUGCUCAGCUCAUCUCCCAGUCUCAGAGAGUGGCUCACUACAAGAGUCGAAAACAUGCGAAUAAAGUGCGGCUGUACUACAUGCUGCAUCCAGUGGACGGAGGCUGUCCUGCCAAGAAACUCCGCACAGAUAAUGGCAGCAAUGAUGGAGAUGUGGAUAAGAAUAAGUGCUGCACGCUGUGUAACAUGUCCUUCACCUCUGCCGUGGUGGCACAGUCUCACUAUCAGGGCAAAAUCCACGCUAAGAGGCUAAAGCUACUGCUGGGGGAAACAACCCCCAUCACAACCACAGACUCACCAGGCCGGCCAGAGCAGGUGGUGACUGAUGUGUCUGUGGUCAGCCCGCUAAGACAGACGCCGCUGUCCCUGCGGUUCUGCCUGAUGUGUAAGGCCUGCUUCAACAACCCCGGCAUGGCGCAGCAGCACUACAGCGGCAAGAAACACAAAAAGAACACAGCGCGAGCACACCUGCUGGCACAGCUCGGAGAAACGCUGGACACACAGCACACUAACGUGCUGAAGCAGAACCGGACGUGUGAGGUGUGCAGUGUAACUCUGAACUCUGUGGCUCAGUACCACGCUCACCUACAGGGGUCCAAACACCAGAACAAUUUAAAAAACAAGUGAAGAUUAAGUUCAUACUGGAGUGCAGAAGAAGUGUUCUCCUACAAAUGCUGAUGAAAUCUGAAAGAGAUGUUGGCCAGUGUAAACACACCCACAGUGACCAUCACUGCAUAGUGAUGAGCUGAAAUCUGCAGUCUGUUAUAUAUUUUAGCUGCUCUACACUUGUAUGUAUAGAUAUAAAUUAGACAUUUUGAAAAGGUUCUGUCUGUCAAAUUGUUAAUUCUGUCCAUGUAAACAGAUGAAGUGCAGUUUUAAUCACCAUAUUGCAGUGUAUAUUUUGGUGUCCAUUAUUUUCCAAAAAAUAAUUUCAUAAACACAAGACAUAUAUGAAAUUAUUCAGCAAUACCUCUUUUAUGUGAAACAAUUUUCAGUGCAUUCAUAUAAAAUUCAUGUUAGUUUCUUUUUGCCUAAAUAAGGCAACUUUAAAUGUGUUCAACUCACUGAAAAACAUUUGCCUGCAAAUUAUUACUUCCUCAAAUGUCAGGCACACAACAAAAAGUAAAGGACUUUUAUUAUGACACGCUUUUACGAAAGAUGUGCCAAGGUUACAGAUUUUGUAAAAAUGUUUUGUUUGAGUCGUGUUUAGAACGGUUCAGUUUACCAUGUCAGGUGGUCUGACCUCAGGAGAACCAUGAAAAUGUAGAAUUAUUAUAAUAAUGUUUAUUUAUUUGAAUAAACUCAAGUUGAAGGACAAAGGUUUCUACAGGUGUCUAAGUAAAUGCCUGUUUAAUGUGAAAUUAGUCUGAAAAGUCAGGCGGCUCAACCAGUCAGUCAGAUGGAGAAACCAGAUCAGCACAGUUUAAUAACUGAAGCAGGCUGUUAAAGCUUUACAAACACAAAGUGAACACAAAUAAAACUUAAUAAAA